AUGGUAACCAAAGAUCAUGACGAUCCAAUAUAUCAUAAUGUACAACAAUAUCAAAGAACAAUUCAACAAAAACCAUCGCUCGGAGAAGAGUUUGAGUUUGGAAUACAUAAGCCUUCGUCGGAACGUGUGAUUUUAACGUUAAUUGAUUUUUUAAUGCAAUCACCAUCAACAACAUCAUUGGACUUGCAUACAAUGUGCAAUGACUGUUAUCCUGAUGAUGAACAAGUAUUCAACCAUUUAUUUGAAAAAUUAAAAGACAAGAUGAGAAGUCGCUGGAAGGAACUGAAAGAAUUUUCAACUAAAUUUGAAUGGUUUCAUUCCAUUCCACUUCCUCCAGAUCACGGUCCUUGGGACGUGAAAAUAUGCUUUUCCUAUGGUUGUAUUUUAGUUACUGAUUUCUACACGUUUGGAAUUAGAGUUUUUGAUUUAGUGUCAAAAGAGUUCAAAACCACGAUUGCAUUACCGGCCUGUCCAACUUGUGUAUGUGUUGAAGAGCCUCUAAGAGUCACGAGUGAUAGUACUGCAUUAAUAUUUGGAUGUUCAAAACCUAAAGUGGCUGUUUACAAGUAUGAGAUGCGAAAAUUAUUGAAUGCUCGUCGUACUCCAACAACCCGAAAUGCUUGUAACGAGAGCCCCAUCUGGAAGACUACAGAUUUCAAAUGGCCAUAUGGAAUUGCAAUUUGGCGUUCAGAAAAUCAAGUAUUUGUUUGUGAUGUUGACACAAAGAGUGUUAAAAUAUUGAACAGUCAGUCUGGCCUUCUCCUUACAUCCAUUCAGCUACAAUUCAGAUGCUGUUCUGUAGACUUGGCAAGUGAUAGAGAACUUGUGGUUAGUGCCGGUAAUCAACUUUUCAUAUUUAAGCAAUCGUUAAGCGGAGAAUGGGAGCAGUAUAAAAACUUUAGUCGUUUAGGAAGCGAGGAAGGAUCUCUCGAUGGACCUUUUUCCUUGGUUGUGGACAAGAAAACGAAGAAUAUUAUGGUAUCUGAUUGUAAUAAUCAUCGAAUUAAUGUUUUCACAUUGGAGGGAGAGUUUGUGAAAUCUUUUGGAAGCAGAGUAAAUACCACACCCACAAAUGAGUACUUUUGUUUUCCUCGUGGUAUUUGCUUGAAUGACAGGACUGGCGAUUUGCUAGUUGCAGAUAGAGACAGCUUUAGAAUUCAAUUUUUCAAGUGA